GAGGAAUAGGGGGAGCAGGUGCAAGCGGGUGCUCCAAUAGCACCACGAGCCUCGGAUCUCCGGCGAUUCCAUGUCGCCGGCGGGCUGCGGCGGCGGCGGCGACGGUAGCCGGAAAUCCGAUUUGGACUGGGGGUGUUUCCGCAAAUAUUUGGAUCGCGAUUAUUGAUCGCGAUCCAAACUAGGGGUUUAUUUGAAAAUAUCAUUUUGUGAUCGUGAUCCAAACCAGGGUGUUCUGUGAAAAUAUUUGGAUCGCAUUUUAGGGGUUUUUCUGCAAACGGUUGUAGCUCGCUGGUUCUCUUCCUUUCGCCGGCGACCGACGCCUGACGUCGAUGGCGAGCCCGCCAGGGCUGUUCCUCCGUUGUCCCCCCUAUUCCGCACCCCUCGGAGAUCCUUCACCAGCUCUGCGGGAGGACGCCAGCGACGCGACACGCGGAGGGCAUCGACGGGAGGCUGCGCUACAAGGACGGACGCCGCCACCGCAGACAUCACCUUUGAAAAUCUUCAGGCAUGUAGCGCUGCAGACGAGGAGGAUGUGAAGCAUUAUUGGAGUUACAGGACGAAGACAGUGGGCUGCAGCUUGAAGCAUUUACUGUUGCGGAUAAGGAGGCUGUGCAGGUGCCGGAUUCUGAAUCUGACGUUGGCCACGUCCGAGAGAUGUCUGCAGCUGCUGGUGGCUCUGACUCAUGGGAGCUGAGAAUGCAAUCACCGACACCGACUAAUCCUGCACACAUGGGAGGCUACUAACACUGCAGUCGCAUGAUGCGAUUCAAGCAAGACUUGUGGCGCUAAAUUCUGUUCAAACUUACACACACGGUUGUCUUGAACGGAGUGGAGAAACGAAGCCUCUCGACGAGUCCCCAGACGGGAAUCGCCGCGCUCACCAGAUACUCCGCCGUUCGGUUCGGGCAUCGCCAUCUAGCAAAUAAUGCUAUAUGGUUGACCAAUUGCGAAAACUGGCGAUAACAGCGUGUCAAGCAUUCCAAGACACUAUCCGGCCACCCAUCAGAUCUGAAGCAGUGCACUGCAAAUAUUUAAGCACUGACGCCCGGCGCAGCAUUCCAUCACACACAGCGCCAAACCAGCCAGUCCAAGAUGGCGCAACUCAAGCCGGCUGUGCUGCUCGCCGUCUCGCUCUGCUGCCUCUCGGCGCUGCUGCCGUGGUGCGCGGCGGCAAGCUACGGCGGCAAGCCCCUGGUGACGGCCAUCACCAAGGACGCGGCCACCAAGCUCUACACGGCCCCGCUCAAGGACGGCCGGCCGCUGGUGCUCGACCUCUCCGGCCCGCUCAUCUGGUCGACGUGCCCGCCCAAGCACCCGAGCUUCGAGUGCCACCACCACGUGUGCGCGCACGCGCACAGCUACCACCCGCCGGGCUGCCCGCGCACGGGCCACGGCGUCGCCGACGACGACGACCCGUUCCGCUGCAAGUGCACGGCGCACCCCUACAACCCCAUCGCGCGCAAGUCCGGCUCCGGCGACCUCACGCGCGUCACCGUCACCGCCAACGACACCGACGGCACGAACCCGCUCCGCCCGGUCUCCUUCCCCGCCGUCGCCGCCUGCGCGCCGCACUCCCUGCUCGCCAAGCUCCCGGCCGGCGCCGUCGGCGUCGCGGGGCUCGCACGCUCCAGGGUGUCCCUUCCCGCGCAGGCCGCGCGCGCCCAGAAGGUCGCCAACAAGUUCGCGCUCUGCCUCCCGAGCGGCGGCCAGGGCGUCGCCAUCUUCGGCGGGGGCCCGCUCUUCCUCCUCCCGCCGGGGCGCCAGGACGUCACGACGACGCUGGCCGGAACCACCCCGCUCCGCAGGAACCCUGGGCACCCCGGCUACUUCAUCUCGGCCAAGGGCAUCGCCGUGAACCAAGAGAAGGUGCAGCAGGGGCCGCUCGUCGUCGGCCUGAGCUCGAGGAUCCCGUACACGGAGCUCCGGUCCGACGUGUACGGCCCGGUCGUGAAAGCGUUCGACAAGGCCACGGCGGAGAGGAAGCGCGUCACGCCGCCGGUGCCGCCGUUCGAGCUCUGCUACGACUCGAGGGAGCUGGGGUCGACGCGGCUCGGCUACGCCGUGCCGCAGGUGGAUCUGAUGCUGGAGAGCGGCGCCACCUGGAUGUUGUUCGGGGCCAACUCCAUGGUGCAGGUCAACGACAACACGGCCUGCUUCGGUUUCGUCAAGAUGGCGAAGGAGGAGAAGGGGGCGCCGGCGGUGGUGAUCGGAGGGUUCCAGAUGGAGAACAACCUGCUGGUGUUCGACGAGGAGAAGAAGCAGCUCGGCUUCAGUAGCCUGCUCUUCGGGAGGCAGACGACGUGCAGCAACUUCAACUUCACUCUCGGUGCCUAGAGCGUUCUACUUGUUCAUGUGUGGCAGUUUGUACCAGUGUGUUCAAUUUUUGCGUUGAUUUUGUCAGCUUGUUCUUUUGUGUUAAAACAUUCGUUAAAUAAUGAAAGAGGGAUUGUUGAGAGCA